AUGGCCAAUUUGAGGGACCAAGCAGCUCGUCGUCGAUUAGACCUGAGUCCCAUCACAACCUCUCUUAACCCCCCUCCACAGCCUCAUAUCUCUCAGACUCCCUCCUCGACUCUGUCUUCGGUUUCGUUGAGUGCGCCAUUCGGAUACAAUCCUGCAACAUACACGCCAAUCAGCGCUGUCAGGCAGUACAAUCCCCAACAAUGGACCCCUUCACCGGUUGUACUAUCAGCCACAGACGGUAGCAGCCAUUUCCCAAGUCGCCCGGAAUCAGAAGUAAUAGCCCCUGCCCCACCUCCUUAUUCCCCACCACGGAGCCAACGUACAUCAACCAUAUCUAAUGACGAACCGGCUUCUGGAAUUUCUCCUGCAACUAGAGUCUCUCCAGCAAAUGUGUAUAGAUCGUCUCCUGAACCAGCUUCAUCUCAUGCCUUCCCUCCACCCCCUCCAGCUUCUCGAAGCAGGGCUGGAUCGAAUGAUAGACCACGAACAUUAUUUGGCAUAUCUGCUUUUACUAGACAAUCUGCGCCAGAAGCGCCACGGGUUCCAGCUGAAGUCAUUAGAGAUCAGGCUCCAAAUUCGCGAAUCACGGAACAUCGACCUAUCCCAAUUGUCGCGGAGUCACCAAGCCCGCCUCAAUCAGUAGAGGAACUGAUCUCACCUGACGAGUCGAGACCACCAGCUUCUAGGAGGGCUGCAUCCACGGGUGCUAUUAAUACGCCACCUUCAUCACGCUCACGGGGCUCAUCAUCAUCAAGAUGGGAACCAGGAAUGCCACUUCCCCCACCCCCUCCAGGACCUCCACCGCCACAAUCCAGGUCCCAAAGCGCAACUCGGACUGCAGACCGAGUGCUGUCUCCUCCCACUCGAAGGCCUGGUCCUAUGUCAACUCUGGGACCAGUGCCUCCGACACCUGCUGGCUGGGUUGAAGAUGACAUUUCGGGAAGGGGAAGGUCGCCUAAUAGAGGGCUCACAAUCGAUACAUCUAGUAUUAGUUCAAGUACGGCUGCGGACUCCAAUUCAGGCUCAAGUUCGUCAGGCCUCAUAAGGUCUGGUCAUGUGAGGGGUGAGCCAAAGAGUAUCCGUGAAAGGAGAAAUGAGAGCAAGGCCAGGAAGAGUGCCAAUAUCCCUGCGCCAACAAGUGCUGAAGAGAGAUCAAAUAAUCCUUGGGUUGACGCCAUUACCCCAGCCGACAUAACAGUGCCUUCGACGGUACUUGGUCGAAAAUCUACUGUAAGAAGAUCAACUCCAAGAAGUGCAAGGUUUCCACCCGGAAGCGCUGAGGCUCCCAGGUCGGGUGACCGGUCCAUGCAUAGCACACCCGGCCCGAGUACGGGAGGAACAGGAUCAAGAGGCUCUACCCCUCGUCCACUGGCCUCCUCGAGUCGUCCUGAAGCUCCAACGCCACCAUUCUCGCCAGGCCGAAUCACUUAUAAACCCAACUCUGAUAGCUCCCCAGCAGUGCCCCCGAAAGCGCUACCGACUCCUCCCCCACAAUCGAAACUCUCUAUAGGAUCCCCUGCUCGUCCGCUAUCACACAUCCUUCAUAUGCCCAAUAAUGAGGCGACCACGGUUCCCCCUCUAAUUCCGUCGAGGCCAAAUUCACGGCCUAGCUCUCGUCAAUCCACCCAAAGUGAGGCACCUCAAUUAUUGCCAUCAGAGCACUUUGCUCGAGCUGCGAUAGAACGACAUAAGGCUUUUGCGAGUAAAGAAGCAGCAGCAGUAACUGAUGAGGAACGGGUGCGUAUGUUCGCUGACUUCAUUGUCACUGAAUCACGCCUUCGAAGAGAGAGAUACGCAGGGGCAAUAGAUGCGAUGGGUUCAGAAAUUCUUGAAUUAACUCGUGACCUAUUUCGACCUUACAACAGCCCGCGCAGAGAAUCAACCGUAUCACGGUCAAGUGGAUGGACACCUGAAUCAUCUAGUGCUCCUAUGUCUCCCCCAUUGUUCACACAUAGAGGGUCCUUGUCGGCGGCUCUACAUGAUACUCCUCAGUUGCAAACUAAGCCUCCGCCUGAGCCAGCGACAGGGUCCUCUUCGUCUUCUCCAGCACAAGGAAGACCCGAGUCGACUUGGUGGACUGGGUACAUGCCAUCCUUGUCGCCGAUUCCCAGUAUGAGCGUCAGUGAAGCACUAGAUGGCUCAGAUUCAAGAGGGAGGCCUUCAAGUAGAUGGUGGGAAGUGAGUCAGGAAGGCUCAAAUGGUACUCCAUCAAUGAGACUAGAACGGUCAAAGCGGGAAUCCAAAUAUAUGGGGAUGCCAAAAGAGCUUAGAGAAGCGCUUCAAAACGGAGACCCGUCAGCUCUCGACAGUGGCAGUGGGGUGGCAGCAGCCGGUCCAAGUAAUCAAACGGCAUAUGGACCGGAUGAAUAUCCGCCAGAAAAAAUGGGCUGGCACGAAGAAGUUGCAGCAUCUCCACAGCCUCAACAAGCAACUCUCACAUCUCCAGCAGCUUUCUCGCCGGCACCCAUCACCCCUAACCCAAACCACCUCGACGUCUCCCGUCUCGUAACUUUGCCACCACCUUACCCCCGCCAUCACCCAGCAGUCAACAACAACCACCCGGACCUCACCUCAAUCCGCACCCAAGUCCGGGUCCUCAGCGACUUCACCGAAGUCGAAGCAACCAAAGAGCGCUUCCUCAAAACUUCGGCCCAGAUGCACGACGAAAAUAUGACCGCAGCCUCCAAGCGCCGUAACUCACUGCGCGCCAAUAUCCAGCGCGAAAUUGCUGCCGGCAGCAUGUCCUACUCGGACGCCGCAAAAGUCGAAGAAACAGCCCUGCAAUCAGAGCAAGAAACAACAAAAGAAGCGUCGAAACUCGACUUCGAGCUCUUCCAAUCCCAAGUCGUGAUCCCGCUCAAUGAUCUACUAAUGGAUCGCGUCUCGCGAGCUACCGAGCUCUUCGAGCAACUGCGCUCGAAGCUGUUUGUGGAUGCGCAGCAAGCGAGUCCGAAUCUGACGCAGGAGGAAGGGGAUGAACAGCCUGAGCUACUCGAGAAACUCACGUUGUUGAAAUGGAUUUUCGAGGCGCGCGAACAGCUGCAUAGGGAACUCUUCGACCUACUGUCUGAUCGCAAUAAUCGCUACCGCGAUAUGGUGAUCACGCCGUACCGCUUGGCAGGCAAUGAAGAGAAAGUAAAACAUGCGGUGAACUUCUUUGCUGAGGAUGCGGGGAAGAGAAAGCUGGCAUUUGAGCAGGAGAUCCUGAAGCGCACGGAAGAAUUCAUGGAUAUCAUCGAGGAAAACGUUGUGCGCGGUGUAGAAGUACAGCUGUCUGCCUUUUGGGAUAUUGCGCCUCCGCUUUCCAGGAUCACGGAGAAAGUGCCCAGGGAUAUUUCAAGGGGCUUCCAUAUCCAGAUUCCUGCAGCCGAGUACGAUGAGAAUCCGGCGUACUAUGCGUUCCCGAUGCAGUAUCUGUAUAGUCUGGUCGGGCACUGCGAGAAGAGCACGUACCAGUUCAUCGAGAGCCAGACGAACCUGCUGUGUCUCCUGCACGAAGUCAAGAACGGAGUAACACUGGCGAAUUGCCGGCUGAUGAAGACGCAAAGGAUCGCGCAGGGCGAGAAUGAAGGACAUGUGGAGAGGGAGUUGAAGGAUGUUGAGAAAGAUGAAGAGAUGCGGUUAACGGACGACUUGAAGGAGAAAGUGAGGUGUGUGGAGGAGCUAUGGAGUAGUGCGUUAGGGACGGAGUUGACGGGGGUCAAGGAGAGAAUUAUGAGAUUCCUGGUAGAAACAGGUGGAUGGGAUGAUGAGGCGAAUGAAUAA